UUGGCAAAUAUGGUAGCACUUGAAUCAUUAGAUCUGUCAUAUAACAAGCUUGGUGGUAGAAUUCCUUCUGAGUUGACGAAACUGACAUUUCUGGCAGUGUUAAACUUGUCGCAAAACAACUUUUUUGGACCAAUUCCUGUUGGAUCUCAAUUCAAUACUUUCGAUAUUGAUUCCUAUGCUGGCAACUUGGAUUUCUGCGGCUUCCCACUAUCAAAGAAAUGUGGUAGUGAGGAGGAACGAAAGCCACAAACACCAAAGCUUGUGGAAGAUGAAGAUUCAUCAAUACCCUUUAUUUGGAAACUUGUAAUGAUGGGGUAUGGCUGCGGAGUAGUGUUUGGAUUGAGUACGGGAUACAUAGUAUUCACAACUGGAAGACCAUGGUGGUUGGUUAGAAUGGUUGAGAGAGACUGGCAGAGGAAUUUUACAAGAUGGGUUCGCAGGAUUGGAAGAAAAAGAAACUACCACUUCAUCCAAAUUGCACAGUUGAACCUGAGGUGAAUUGGAGGGAAAAUGCAGAACUGCUUCUAUCAGAUUUGGCUCGAAGCCUGUAUGUUCCUACCUUUUGGGUUCAUUUUCAACGCUGUGGUUUAAAGAUAUGAUUAAGGUGUUGUUAGAGGAUAGCUUGUUCUUGGUUGGCUUAUUAUUCAACUUUGAUAAUAUGGGUGUUUUUAUUUGUUAAUUUACAUUUAUGGGUUUAUGUUCUACUUUUGUAAGAAUAUGUACUGUUUUAAUUCCUUUUUUCAGGUGUGUUUUUGAAUAAA